UAACCAAAGAGUCCAAUUGGUGGCUGUGUGGGGCGGGAUAUACAUUACAGUGUCUUCCUGGUUCCCAAUGCUGCUUAUGAAUACAGCUUUCAUACAAAACUACAAAUCAGUACAAGUAGCCUAUAUAUUAUAUCUGCCGUUCAGCGGGACACCGUCGCGAUGGGUUUGCUGACGAUUCUAAAGAAGAUGAAGCAGAAGGAGCGGGAGAUGAGACUGUUGAUGUUAGGUCUGGACAACGCGGGGAAGACGACCAUCCUGAAGAAGUUUAAUGGAGAAGACGUCAGCACCAUUUCCCCAACACUAGGCUUCAACAUCAAAACAGUGGAGCACAAAGGGUUUAAAUUGAAUAUUUGGGAUGUGGGGGGUCAGAAGUCACUGCGCUCCUAUUGGAGGAACUACUUUGAGAGCACAGAUGGGCUGGUGUGGGUGGUGGACAGUGCGGACAGACUCAGACUGGAGGACUGCAGGCAGGAGCUCAGUGCACUGCUGCUGGAGGAGAGGUUAGCUGGCGCAACGCUGCUGGUGUUUGCCAACAAGCAGGACUUACCAGGAGCCCUGUCGAAAGAGGCGAUACGAGAGGCGCUGGCCCUCGAUGAGAUCAAAAGUCAUCACUGGUGUAUCAUUGGUUGCAGUGCAGUAACGGGAGAGAAUUUGUUACCUGGAGUGGACUGGUUAUUAGACGAUAUUGCUGCUAGAAUCUUCACCACUGACUGAGUGUGUGUGUGUGUGUGUGUACGUGAUGUUUCUUUUUAAACAGCAGCCCCUCAUGUAUGGUGAGCUCCAAUGUGACUCUAGGCUCAUUAUUGGACUACGGAGAUCCAAAGUAUCAAAGUACAGCUCAACACUUGUCUUUUUUUGUUCCAUUGGCUGCUGUUUGAGGUCACCAGACAUGCAGACAUCAGUGCUGUCUAUCAAUGAUUACAGAAAUCACACCUGGCUUUUAUAAUUUUUAUUUGAUGUUGACAGAAAGUUGAUUCAGAUACUAUAUGUAGAAGGUGAAAGAAACAAUAUGAGAACUUGUCAAAAUGAAGUAAAUUCACUCAUCCUGAAACCUAAAUUAAGUUUGUUUACAGUAUGCAAUGUAAUGACUCACAUGAACCUUCUUGCAGUUUGCUUCCGCUUGUGUACUUUGUGGUACAUCAGAUUGUCAGCUGAUUUGUGCCUCGCUCAGAUGUGUAAUAAAUUGAAAUGUCUAAGAUUAGUCACUAUUGACAUUUACAACUUUAUAAAAGUACAUCUUCCAACAUGUACACUCAAGUUUACACCAUAUUAAAUCUCAUCCGUUUGACAAUGUAA